UGUUUGUGUCAGACUUCCUGUUAUCUGUUCGUGGAGUAAGCCAGCGUUAUCAACAGCGUUAUAACUAAACGCGAACGAGUUCAGCCGCAAAACAAAGUCGAAAUUCGAAGCGUUGCGACACGUGAAAAAGUGUGAAUUUUUUUUAAAAGUGUUUUAGGUGCUACCAUUGAAUAAUAAAAUAUCAAAAAUGGGUUGUUGUGCGUUUAUAGGAAAAUACCUGCUUUUCUUGGUCAACUUGGCAUUCGCACUCGUAGGAAUUGCCAUUGUAGUUGUAGGCGCAGUUUACAAAUAUCAAUUUGACAAUGUCCUAGAAGCUCUUCCUGACGAAGCAACUGUAUUGAGUCUGGUACCAACUUUGGCUAUAAUUGUAGGAUGCAUUGUUUUCUUUAUAGCCUUUUUGGGUUGUUGUGGGGCUGUCAACGAAGGAAAGUGCAUGCUUUCAACGUACUCAGUAUUGAUAUUUGUGAUACUGAUAGCCCAGGUGGGCGUUGGGAUAUAUGCCUUUAUACAGUUUGGCGAUAAUCAAGGCGAACUUAGGACUCGUAUUCACGAUCAAUUGGUCACAACGUUCAAUAGGUACAGUACGAAUACUGCCUCAAGAGAAGCCGUUGAUUUCGUACAAAGUGAGUUAAAAUGUUGUGGGGUGGAUUCCAGUAAUUUCUGGACAGGUACAAUCCCUAACAGUUGUUGUGCAUCUAACAGUGCACCCUGUACAACCUUUACUGCAUACCGUACGGGAUGUUCUCAAGCUAUAUGGGAAUGGCUUAGGGAAAACGGAAGAAGAAUUGGAAUUGCAGCCAUUGUAAUAGCUGUUUUUGAAUUGAUUUGUGGAAUCGUCGCAUGUUGCCAAAUCAGAUCGAUUAACAAAAGGUACCACGUAUAGACGCUACUAGAUGUUCGAAACGUUGUAUUGGUAGAAAUACGAAAAACGGUAUCGUUUUACAUAUACAUCACGAAGAAUCUUUGCAUUUUCAUUAAAAAGACUUAUGUAUUUAAAAUCCAUUUAGCAAUUAAUGUGUCCAUUAUUAGGUACAAAAUUAUUAAAAAUAAACGUGAAGGCAACUUCGCAUUGUAAGAAACAUACAGUUCAGUACUCACAAAUAUACCUGUAAAUGAAGAAAUUAUUAA